AUGAGACAGACAAUUAUGCUUCAAGUUUUAUUGAUUCUUGUUAUUGUUCAAUGGAAUUUUAUCAAUGCUAAAAAUAUUAUCAUUGAUACAACAAUAAAACAUAUGAUAACAGAUCAAACUAUGAUGAAUAAAUCAAAUACAACAACUAGUACUAUGAUAAAAAAUAAUGACAAUUUGAUAUCGACGAAUAUGAAUCAACAACUUUUAUCAACAUCAUUAUGUGAAAAACGUGAUAAACCAUAUUUUCUUCCACAUAAAUCUGAAAUAAGUAAAUUUUAUGUAUGCGUUAAAGGACAAUUAUUUUUACUUAAUUGUCCCUCGGCUUAUCGAUUUAAUAGUGAAGUUGAUCAAUGUAUGCGUAAAACUAUUCAAGAUGAAAUUGAAGAAAAAUCAAAAAAACCAAUUUUAAUUCCACAUGAAAUUAAUUGUGGUUGGUAUUAUGUUGUACGGGUUGAAACAACAGGUGAACGUAUUCUUAAUAGUUGUCCAAUGCCACAAUUAUUUGAUAUUCCAACACUUGAAUGUAAAAAUUAUACAGAAGUCAAAUGUAAAGAUCGUUUUGAACCAAAAGAUGCUUGUGAUUAUCAAAUACGUUCAUCAGCUCAUGCAUAUCCAUGUUCAUAUUUGCCUAGUUGUAAAAAUCGUCCUGAUGGUUUAUAUCCAGAUCGUUUACGUGAUUGUCGUAUGUAUUUUCGUUGUACAUCUGAACGUAGUUCAGAAUCUUAUUCAUGUACACAAAAUGAAUUACCAUUUGGUGAACGAUUUAGUUUUGAAGAACAACGUUGUUUACCUGCUCAAUAUGUUGAAUGUAUCAAUGAUCAACAAAAACCUUUAUUAUAA